AUGGCCGACGAACAGGUGCAUCAUCUUGAAUCAAUUAUAAAAAAUUGGCUAAAUAAUGGUGCACAAUGUAAUUCGUCAUUAAAACCUUAUAAACGUUCUCUCUAUCCAACGUAUCAACCUGGUAGUCGAACAAAACGAACCGAUUAUAGUCCGCAAAAAUCUCAACCUAAUAAAAAACCAAAUCAUAAUCGAUCAAUUCUACCAAAUAAAAGUAUAAUGAUUGAAAUGUGUGAAGAUUUUCUACGCAAUAAUAAAGAUUUAUUAAAUAUUUAA